GGUAUGGAAACAUCGCCCCAAAGACUGAUAUUGGAAAAGUGGUGACAAUUUUCUACGCUCUUUUUGGCAUUCCCUUGAUGCUCCUGUGUCUGACUAACAUCGGGGAUCUACUAGCUCGUUCGUUUAAGUUCGCCUAUUCCCGUGUGUGCUGCGCCCUCUGUAGGCAAAAACAGCCUCCUCGUGUUCAUCUUACGAGCAUAACCUCUACGGGAGGCGUAAAAGCAGCGGAAGAUAACUAUUCGACGAAAGAGAGGGCAAGCAAUGGAAGGAAAGAAGACAAACCUCCAGUUUCUACCAUAGAUGUCGUUGUAGACGCCACGCGGGUGGCAGUAGAACAAGAGGAUACCUCAUCAGACGACUGUCCGAUGCACGAGCAGACGGGCGAAGUAGUAACGCCAGAUGGAGCUGAAAAUCGACAGCACCCAAUUCUGAGAUCACAUUAUACCUCUUUCGCCAAUAACGUACUUAUACAUGCCCAGAAUCGCCAGUCACCCGCUGACGUAGUAACUCUGGAACGAACCAUUCGAGGGGAUAGACACUCUAUAGAAGAUCGCGUUCCCAUCUGUUUGGUGUUGCUAUUGGUUACAGGCUACAUCUGUGGAGGAGCUAUAAUAUUUUCUCUCUGGGAGGACUGGAGCUUUUUAAAUGGUGCCUACUUCUGUUUCAUCACGCUGAGCACCAUCGGUUUUGGAGACUUGGUGCCUGGGACCGCCAUUUUUGAUACUCGAGAGCAAGAAGGUCAGGCCAAGCUAAUUAUUUGUUGCUUCUAUUUAAUUCUCGGCCUCGCCAUUAUCGCCAUGUCUUUCAAUUUGGUCCAAGAGGAAGUGGUUAUUAAAUGCAAAAAUAUUGCAAGGAAUCUUGGCAUUUUAUCAGAAGACAGUGGCAGUAACUAAGGUUUGGGCAACGUUUACAAAUUAGAUAUAAAAAAAUACAUAACUAGUAAUUUACACGAAUAAUAACUGUAAUUCCGAAUCCACUAAAAUCCAAAAUGAAACAUCUACUAGAAUGAUGUAAGAACCAGUUACAAGACAGAUCCCAAGAAUCUCAUCUUUUACUAUGUAUAAUCUCACUUGAAACUGGUUAAAUACUUUCCAUACUUGCUGCAGUGUCUCUUUUGAAAGCAACGUGUACUUUGCUUCAGUUAGAAAACUGGUUUUUAAAUGAUGACCAUCAACAUAAGAUAUUUGGAAAAACCAAUUGAAUUACCAUCAAAUAAAUGCUUUAAAAUUUUCCAAUAGGUAAUUUGAGUGGUCUGAAAGUAAGCCACUUAUAUUCCAAUCGUAUCAAUAAGAAUGUUCAGGAUUUCUGUUCUUCAUUCAGAAUAGGAGAGUGAAGUCGGCUGUUUCCAUAGAAACUACACCAUCAGUAACAGAUUCAGUGGUAGUAUUUUUAUCAUUUGUACUCCUCAUCAACUGUACUCCAUCUGCUAGCUCUUCUUCAACUGUACCCCAUCUGCUACUUCUUAUCAUCUGUACUCCACCUGUUAGUUCUUCAUCAACUGUACCCCAUAUGCUGCUUCUUAUCAUCUGUACCCCAUAUGCUGCUUCUUAUCAUCUGUAUUCCACCUGCUAAUUCUUCAUGAACUGUACCCCAUCUGCUACUUCUUAUCAUCUGUACUACACCUGUUAAUUCUUCUUCAACUGUACCCCAUCUGCUAAUUCUUCAUCAACUGUACCCAUCUGCUACUUCUUAUCAUCUGUACUCCACCUGCUACUUCUUAUUAUCUGUACUCCAUCUGCUACUUCUUAUUAUCUGUACUCCACUUGCUAAUUCUUCAUCAACAGUACCCCAUCUGCUACUUCUUAUCAACUGUACCCCAUCUGCUACUUCUUAUCACUUGUACUCCACCUGCUAAUUCUUCAUCAACUGUACCCCAUCUGCUACUUCUUAUCACUUGUACUCCACCUGCUAAUUCUUCAUCAACUGUACCCCAUCUGCUACUUC